GUGGAGUUCGAUGGCUGUAACUGGAAGCAACAUGCUUGGGUGAAAGUCCAUGCUGAAGAGGUGAUAGUGUUGUUGCUGGAAGGAUCGUUGGUUUGGGCACCUCGAAAUGAUCCAGUUAUGCUCCAGGGGACUCGAGUCUCACUGGCACAGUGGCCUGCACUGACCUUCACUCCUCUAGUAGAUAAGCUGGGUUUAGGCUCUGUAGUCCCAGUGGAGUUUCUCCUGGACAGACACUUGCGUUUCCUGUCUGACGCCAGUGGAUUACGUUUGUUUCAGAUGGGAACAGAGAGUCAAAAUCAGAUUCUGCAGGAGCAGCCUUCACUGAGGGAAUCUGUCAACGCUCUGAUCAGUGACCAGAAGCUUCAGGAGAUAUUUAGUAGAGGUCCUUACAGCACCCAAGGCCAAAGAGUUAAGGUUUACCAGCCGGAGGAUGAAAACAGCUGGCUUUGUGGGGUUGUGAGCCACCAAGACCCCUUGACUCGCCUUAUGGAGGUGUCUGUGACUGAGAGUGGUGAAAUAAAGUCGGUAGAUCCUCGGCUGGUUCAUGUGGUGAUGGACAACACUUCUCCAGGCGAGGGAGGGGGCCUGAAGGCAGCUAAACCACCUAAAGGGAAAAAGAAGAAAGAAAGUCUGGAGGGAAAGGAUGGCCGGAGGAGGAAAAGCGCGUCAGAUUCCGGAUGUGAUCCUGCAACAAAGAAGCUAAAGGAGAGGGGUGAGGUGGAUAGCAAUGGUAGCGAUGGAGGUGAGGCAAGCAGAGGUCCUUGGAAAGGAGGCUCCAGUAGCGAAACAGGACUGGAUCCAAGGGCCAAACAGUUGCCUUCGUUCAUUCCUCAGAUUAAUCGCAAUAUUCGCUUUGCCACUUACACCAAAGAGAAUGGCCGAACACUGGUAGUCCAGGACGAGCCAGUUGGUGGUGACACACCAUUGCCCUUCACUCAGUUUUCCUCUGCGGCUGGACCGGCGUUACUAGCUGGCUCUGGAUGUAAAGAGGCAGGAAAAUCACUGGAACAGGCUGGCCAAGGCACGGUGACGUCUGCAGCUGCUGUUACUACGACUGCUUUGACGCCGACAACUGUGAGAAUCUCUGAUACCAGUUUGCCAGCUGGCCCUGGGCAGGAGAAGCUGAAAACAAGCCGGCCACAAGCGCAGGGAGAGAAUUCCCGAAGUUCACUUUUGGCUGCUUCUGGAUUUGGAGUCUCGCUCCCAAGUGCUUCCCAGUCCUUGGCAUUUGGGGGUGGAAGGAGCCAGUCAAAUGGAGUGGUGUCUUCGGAAAGCAAGCCUUCCGGAUUUCCUUUUGGCUGCAGUACUGGACAAGAGGCUCAGAAAGAUCCUGAUCUGUCCAAGAACUUGUUUUUUCAAUGCAUGUCCCAGAAUCUCCCUUCCAGUAACUACUUCACGGUCAUUUCGGAGAGCUUGACGGAAGAUCCCUCUGGCCGGGACUCGCUCAAGCAGUGUACAGAGAGUGUGGGUGCUGGGAGCUGUAAAGGUAAAGCUCUCCCAGCAGACACUAAAGCAGGAGCCCAGCCUGGCAGUUCUGCGGAGCGGAAGCUGCCUGUGGAAUCCAUGCCUACCCUUACUCCAGCCUUUUCACGAAGCCUGUUGAAUACCCGCCCCUCCGAUAGUCAUGAAAACCUGUUUUUACAGCCCCCAAAACUGUCAAGAGAGGAGCCCUCCAACCCCUUCCUGGCUUUUGCCGAGAAAGCAGAACGGAGCCCUUUCAGUGGCUUUGCAUCUUCAUCUCAGACGGGGGCUUCUGCUCCCUCCACUCCUGCGGGUCCGAAGGGCGCUUCCGGCUGGCCAGACUCGCUCACCUCCACAGACUCUUCUCUAGUCAAGAAGAAAACCUUGUUUAUAACAACCGACUCCUCCAAGAUGAUCUCCAGUGCUCCUGGUUUUUUUUCCGGUGUUCAGAGCCCUCCCACCGUCGGGAACGGCCGCUCCAGCUCACCGACCAGCAACCUGACGCAGCCCAUUGAGAUGCCCACGCUCUCCUCCAGCCCGACGGAAGAAAAGCCAGCUGUUGGGCCUGGGCAGCAGGACAAUCCUCUUCUGAAAACUUUCUCCAGCGUGUUUGGCAGACAUCCUCCCGGCUUCUUCUCUUCCCAGGCAGAGUUUUCGCAGGAGAACAAAGCCCCUUUUGAAGCUGUGAAAAGGUUCUCUCUCGACGAGCGGAGCUUGACGUCCAAGCAGGACUCGGACUCCAGUACCAAUAGUGAUCUGUCAGACCUGAGUGACUCGGAAGACCAGUUGCAGGCCAAGGCUUGUAUGAAGGGAAUCCCGGACCACCUGAUGGCGAAGCUGGGCCCCAAUGCAGAGCGCAACGCGGAGCUGCUGCUGGGGAAAGGAAAAGGGAAGCAGGCCCCGAAGGGCCGGCCUCGCACAGCUCCCUUAAAAGUUGGCCAGUCUGUGCUGAAGGAUAUGAGCAAGGUGAGGAAGCUGAAGCAGUCAGGUGAGCCUUUUCUCCAGGACGGCUCUUGCAUCAACGUAGCUCCACAUCUGCACAAGUGCCGGGAGUGCCGUCUGGAGCGGUACCGCAAGUUUAAGGAGCAAGAGCAGGAUGACUCAACUGUGGCGUGUCGCUUCUUCCAUUUCCGGAGGCUGAUAUUUACCCGGAAAGGUAUUCUACGUGUAGAGGGUUUCUUGAACCCGCAACAGAGUGACCCUGAUGCCAUGAGCCUCUGGAUUCCUUCCACCUCCCCUGCAGAGGGGAUCGAUCUGGAAACUUCCAAGUAUAUCCUGGCCAAUGUUGGGGACCAGUUCUGCCAGCUUGUUAUGUCAGAGAAGGAAGCAAUGAUGAUGGUGGAGCCACAUCAGAAAGUGGCGUGGAAGCGAGCGGUGCGUGGCGUGAGGGAAAUGUGCGACGUGUGCGAGACGCCGCUCUUCAACAUCCACUGGGUCUGUCGCAAGUGUGGUUUCGGGGUCUGCCUGGACUGUUACCGGCUGCGGAAGAAUCGCCCCCGUAGCGAGUCGGAGGAGAUGGGGGAUGAGGAGGUCUUCUCCUGGCUGAAGUGUGCAAAGGGUCAGUCUCAUGAACCAGAGAAUCUGAUGCCGACACAGAUCAUUCCUGGGACAG